AUGUUAAAGAGACUAAGUAGUAAUAGUAACUUUAGUAAAGGUCUCUGGAAGAUACUGAACCAAAGAAACAUGAGUACCAGUAAAUUAGACGCAAGCAAAUUGCAAGUGACAAGAGUCUCACAAAAGUCUCAACCAAAGCCCAACGAUCAGUUGGUCUUUGGUAAGACAUUCACUGACCACAUGUUGUCCAUUGAAUGGACUAUGGAGAAAGGAUGGGAUGCUCCUGUUAUCAAGCCAUAUGGCCCCAUCACUUUAGAUCCUGCAAGUUGUGUUUUCCACUAUGCAUUUGAAUUAUUUGAAGGUCUAAAGGCCUACAGAACCAAAGAUGGUAAAAUUACCAUGUUCAGACCUGAUAAGAACAUGGAACGUAUGAACAAGAGUGCUGCUAGAAUUUGCUUGCCAACUUUUGACUCCGACGAAUUGAUCAAGUUGAUCGGUAAAUUGAUCGAAGAAGAUAAACAUUUGGUGCCAGAAGGCCAAGGUUAUUCCCUUUACAUCAGACCUACCAUGAUUGGUACUACUGAUGGUCUUGGUGUGGGCUAUCCUGACAGAGCUCUAUUGUAUGUUAUCACCUCUCCUGUGGGUCCAUACUACAAGACAGGUUUCAAGGCAGUUAAGUUAUUGGCAACUGAUUUUGCUACCAGAGCUUGGCCAGGUGGUGUCGGUGACAAGAAGUUGGGUGCAAACUAUGCCCCAUGUAUCUUGCCUCAAUUGCAAGCUGCUGACAAGGGUUACCAACAAAACUUGUGGUUAUUUGGCCCUGAGAAAAACAUCACUGAAGUGGGAACCAUGAACGUCUUCUUUGUGUUCAAGGAUUCUAAGACUGGUAAGAAAGAAUUAGUGACAGCUCCAUUGGACGGUACUAUCUUGGAAGGUGUUACUAGAGACUCUGUCCUAUCAUUGGCAAGAGAGAGAUUGGAUCCAAAGGAAUGGGAAGUUAAUGAAAGAUAUUACACUAUUUACGAAGUUUCCGAAAGAUCCAAGAAGGGUGAAUUGGUGGAAGCAUUCGGUUCAGGUACCGCUGCUGUCGUCUCGCCAAUCAAAGAAAUUGGAUGGCAAGAUGAAGAUAUCCAAGUUCCACUUUUGCCAGGUGAACAAAGUGGUGAGUUGACAAAGGACGUUGCCAAUUGGAUCGCUGCUAUUCAAUAUGGUAAGGAAGUACACGGCAACUGGUCAAGAGUUGUGGCCGAUGUUAAUUAA